AUGGCGAUCCUGGAAGCUUUCCCCAAGGGCUCGCCUUUGACCUUUCAAAACUCGGCCCUCAUCCUGAUCAUGCACUAUUCCCGCGUUAUGCCACCCUCUGGCGACCAUCGUUACUUCACUUCGACCGCAGUCUUCCUCAAUGAAAUCAUUAAACUUGCUGUCUCUCUAUCCUUGGCUAUAUACGAUACCUCCAAGACCCUAGCUCCUACGACACCCGCAACAGUUCUUUUCGAGCAAAUUUACAAUUCGGUUUUCGCUGGUGAUGGGUGGAAGCUUGCAUUGACUGCUGCAUUUUAUACCCUGCAAAAUAUGCUGCAGUAUGUUGCCAUUGGCAAUUUGGAUGCGGUGCACUUUCAAGUGCUGUAUCAGCUCAAGAUUCUCAUCACUGCUAUCUUCAGUGUCGUCCUGCUGCGCCGACACUUGGGACCUAAACGAUGGCUCGCUCUCAUCAUUCUCACUCUCGGCGUAUGCGUUGUCUCACUCCCUCAGGCAGACUCAUCGGCGAGCUCUCCCAGCGUUCCUCUACGCCAUAUGACGGACCAUUUCUUCCCUCGUUCACUUCAUGAGCUGGGCCAUGUUCCCAUCGACAACGGCCAGACCGGCCAGUUCGCCAAACGUUCUGCGACCUACGAAGGAAUUGACCAUGAUCUACCGCCACUGGACCCUCUCAUGAAUUAUUCGGUUGGUUUGGUCUCGGUUUUGGUGGCUGCUACAGUAUCGGGCUUGACAGGCGUUUAUUUCGAGAAGCUCCUCAAAGAGAGCCCCACCCAAGCCAGUGUCUGGAUCCGUAAUGUCCAACUAAGCUUCUACUCCAUUUUUGCAGCAGGUCUAGGAGGUGUCAUUUGGCAGGAUGGCGAAGGCAUCAGCGAGCAUGGCUUUUUCGAGGGUUAUAACUGGGUCGUGUGGAGCGCUGUCGUAUUGCAAGCAGCUGGCGGCAUGUUGGCAAGCGUGGUAAUUCGCGACACUGAUAACAUUGUCAAGAACUUUGCGACAAGUAUCAGUAUCGUCAUCAGCUUCAUAAUCAGCAUGAUGCUGUUUGAGUUUGAAGUGUCAGCAACAUUUGUCUUUGGUACAUUCCUCGUACUCUUGUCAACCUGGAUCUACAAUGGAUCGGAUCGCACUAUCCGACGUCCUCCGCCAAUUCAGAUUCAUAGUUUCGAAAAGCCAGCCAUUGAACCAACUCAAACCCCACGCAACCUGGCAGUAAGCCGUCUGAGUCUCAACCCCAUGGAAAGCCCAAUGGGCUUGACCACAAGCCGGCCAAGCACGCCACUGCUGCCCAGGACCCCGAGCAAAUCUAACUUUAAGAGAGACGAUUAA